GUACAUUGUAUUCAUAUACAAUUGUCUUCUUUCUUUGUCCCAUGUUCUCCACGUGGUUCUGUUCACAAUUUCAACCCACGCGCAUCUACUUUAGCGCUAAAUACGCUUAAGCAUGUCACAAUUUCCUCUUUAGGUUUUGGGGAGGUAAGUGAUUGUUAUACUUUACCACCCUUUCCCACUGUCACUCAUUUUCUCUCUCUCUCUGCCUCUUUCUUCAAUUGUUUCUUCUCAUGGAUUUUCUUGCUCUCUUCUGUACCGGGGCUCUUUUAGCCUGCGGUCUCUAUUGGUUCGUCUGCGUUUUGGGCCCAGCCGAGCAAAAGGGCAAGCGAGCCGUCGAUCUCUCUGGCGGUUCAAUCUCGGCAGAGAAGGUUCAAGACAACUACAAACAAUAUUGGUCUUUCUUCCGCUCUCCAAAAGAGAUCGAAACCGCCGAAAAGGUCCCAGAUUUCGUCGAUACUUUUUACAACCUAGUCACCGAUAUUUACGAAUGGGGUUGGGGCCAAUCCUUCCACUUCUCUCCUUCUAUCCCAGGGAAAUCCCACCGGGAUGCAACGCGCCUCCAUGAGGAGAUGGCUGUUGAUCUGAUCGACGUCAAGCCUGGAGAUCGAAUCCUGGACGUCGGUUGUGGCGUUGGUGGACCUAUGCGUGCCAUUGCGGCUCACUCGCGAGCCAAAGUCGUGGGCAUCACGAUUAACGAGUACCAAGUGAAUCGUGCCCGGCUUCACAACAAGAAAGCUGGGCUAGAUUCGCUUUGUGAAGUUGUUUGCGGGAACUUCCUUGAGAUGCCAUUUCAAGACAACAGCUUCGACGGCGCAUACUCCAUCGAGGCAACAUGCCACGCGCCGAAACUGGAACAGGUGUAUGCCGAGGUCUUUCGAGUUCUGAAACCCGGAUCUCUAUACGUGUCUUACGAGUGGGUCACAACUGACAAGUACAUCGCUGAUAACCCGGAACACGUGGAGAUCAUUCAAGGUAUUGAAAGAGGUGAUGCUUUACCUGGUCUUAGGAGCUACUUGGACAUUGCGGAGACUGCUAAAGAGGUAGGCUUUGAGGUUGUCAAGGAGAAAGAUCUAGCCAAGCCACCGGCUUUACCCUGGUGGACCAGACUUAAGAUGGGGAGAAUCGCCUACUGGAGGAACCACAUUCUGGUCACCGUGCUGGCUGCCAUAGGGAUCGCUCCUAAAGGAACCGUUGAUGUUCACGAGAUGCUGUUCAAGACCGCUGAUUAUUUGACCAGGGGUGGGGAUUCUGGAAUUUUUUCCCCGAUGCACAUGAUUCUCCUCAGAAAACCCAAGGUGCCACCUUCAUAAUCUUUGCCAUUUUCUUUAGGUAACUUUGUUUAAGCAUUGUGUUCCACCUCUCCUCAAUUUAAUUUCCUAGUUUUUUUUUUUUUUUGUCUACUUUAAUUAAUCGAUAUCAUGUACUUCGUUUUUUGUUUUUAGUUUUGUUUAAACUCCAGUUGUUGAUCUUGGUUUUAAAUUUUUAAAAUGUUGG